GCCGUGGUCAUUGACUGCGAGAUGGUCAUGGCAGAGGACCCCUAUGGACGGGGCCGGAGCUACAACGGGCUGGCGUACCUCGCGGCGGUGGACUUCCUGACAGGGGAGGUGCUCAUCAAGCGCUACGUGCGGCCGGCGGGGCGGGUGACACGCUGGAUGACCCAAAUCACGGGCAUCUCGCCAGGGACAAUGAACGCGGCUAUCCGGCACGGGCAGGCGUUCGAGUCGUGGCAGGCGGCCCGCCAGGGGCUGUGGGAGUAUGUCGACCGCGACACGGUGCUCGUCGGACAUGCGCUGCACAAUGAUCUCAACGCCUUGGGGAUCAUUCACCCGCAGGUGGUCGACACGGCGAUCGUGACGGCCGAGGCGGUGUUCUCGGCACGGUGGGGCGAGACGAGGCGGUUCCCCCGGCUGUGGGGGCUGAAGACCCUGGCGAUGGCCAUGCUGGGACGGCAGAUCCAGGCCAGUAGUCAGGGGCAUAGUGCCGUCGAAGAUGCGUUGGCGACGAGAGAUGUUCUGGUCUGGGGGUUGGAGAACCCCGCUCUUGUGGGGGAGUGGGCG